CAACUUGUCAUUAUUGUCAAAAACACUUAUUUACUUAAAUAGAAAGAAAAUUCAGUUUUCUAAGUGAUCGAAGUAUUCCCAAAUAUAUGUAGUCAUAAAUACUGUUCAUAUGCUCUAUGUUGGAAACUAAACAGUUUUUAGAUAUGUCUAUAACUCGUUCUGAAAUUUUGCGGCUAUAUAAGAACUUAGUUUUGUAUUCUAAAUCUCUAACUCUUACGGACCCUGUUUACUUUAAGAAAAGAAUAACUUCAGAAUUUAAACGUAACAAAUCACUAACGGAUUCUAAAGAUAUAGCAUUUGCAUAUGAGAAAGGAGCUGCAUUGCUACGCAAAGGAGCUGUAGUUUAAAAUGUUAAGGCCUACUAUUCUCUUCAGAACAUGUCGUCUUAUUGGGCCCACUAUAAAUGCUUUCAAGCACACAAUAGAUUACUCAAAGGUGCCAAAACUAAAUGAAUAUGAUUUAGUGGAAAAGUUUGUUCGAGGCAGUGGCCCUGGAGGCUCUGCUGUGAACAAGAAUGCCAAUUGUGUUGUUCUAACACAUGUACCAUCAGGGCUUACUGUCAAGUGUCACAGCAGUAGAUGCCAGGAUGAAAACAGAAAAACGGCACGAGACAUGAUAAUAGCAAAAUUAGAUGAUGAAAUAAAUGGAGAGGAUAGUGUAGCAGCUCAAAAGAAGAGAAUAGAAGAGAAAAAGCUAAAGCGCUCUGAAUACAAGAAGAAGAAAAUGGCGUUACUUAAAAAUGAAUGGAAGAAACGGGAAGGAUUGUAAUUAUUGUAAAUAUCUAUUUUGUAUUCAUGUUAUUUGAUAACACUUUAGUAAAUUUUGUAGUAACUGUAAGUUCAGUAAUUUGUCUUACAAAUUAUUCCCUCAUGCGGCAAGAUACAUACAAAAUAGAAUACAAUGAAAUUGAUUUGUUUAAUGCCAUAUCAAAGUACAUACAAAAGACUGCUUUCAUUAUUAUCUAUUAAACAUGCUGUCUCAAGGCUGCAUGCUGCACAUGCAAAUAGCCAGCACUAUUUAGAACAGCAGACUUAGGGCCGCAACCUUGCCGAGCAAAUUGGCUCGGCUGAGGCAAAUGUACGGUCAACCAAUUUGAAUCAUAGGCCACUCUAGAACCCUGUCUCAUUUAAACCAUGUUCUAUUUGCCAUAAGAAGUCACAUUGACGUUUACUAUGCAAAGGUUCUACAGUGGCCUAGGAUUUAAAUUGGUUGACUGUACGUUUUCACGUACACGAAGCACAACUGACGUUUUCCGCGCGAGGCAAUUGCGUCGCGAGGCUGCUUGGUCAGUGUGGACCCACCUAAUGUUUACAAUAUUUUUUGCCGCCCGUGGGGAUAGACCAAUAAUAUUCACCUUUAAUAAAUAACAUGAAGUCCAAGCUAACAAACUAUAUACCUCUCACAAUCUUAUAUAGCUAUCAUUUUCAGGCCACUUUUUCUUCUGUACUAAAUGACAUAUAUUUUGGAGUACCCAUAAUUACAGUGUGUAUACUUCUAUAGUAGUGUGACUAAGUCAAUUUGUUAAUGUAGAAUUUUAAUGAGGCCAUAAGUAAUAAACAUAGUUGAAAUA